CCAAAAAUAAGGAAAACCAUGCCGUAACGCACGCGCCGCCCAAUCCGCAUUAAAAGUAAGAAAGUCAUGCGAAAUAACCUUCGUGUUCCGUGGUGUAAACAACUCAGGGUUUUAUCGCAAGCAACGCGAUGUCAACGUCCGCAAAAAUCACGAUCGAUUAUAAUUAAAUAAAUUGCGGGAGCAAUUACAAAUGUUUUUCCUAGAGUCGGUGGCGAGGAACAAAAUGUACGACGCCAGAAGGUUGUUCCAGUCGUUUCAAGUCGCGGGCCCGGUCAGUUUGGGACUCGGCAUUUCGUUGAUCCUGUUCAAAAUGUUCGGCGCUGUGUGCCUCCGAAAAGGAUACAACAAGCUCGUCGGGAAAGUCGUGGUGAUUACGGGGGCGAGUUCCGGCCUUGGCGAAGCCCUCGCGCACGAGUUUUACAAGCACGGCUGUCUCGUUGUACUGUGCGCCCGCAGGCGUCAGGAACUUGAACGAGUCCGGGAGGACCUGCUGCACACUCACUCCAACAUGACGACGUAUCCUCCGGUAAUAAUGCCGCUGGAUCUGGGGGACAUUAGGGAGUUACCUCGGCACGUUGAGAAAAUACUGGCCAUCACGGGCAAAAUCGAUAUUUUGGUAAACAACGGCGGCUGCAGCUCGAGGGGCUCCGUACUCGACACCUCCAUCGAGGUCGACGAGAAAAUCAUGUUGGUUAAUUACUUCGGAACCGUCGCCAUGACCAAAGCCGUGCUCAAGGACAUGGUCGCCAGACGCGAAGGUCACAUCGUGUUCGUGAGCUCGGUCCAGGGACUCAUCGCGAUUCCCGAGCGAUCUUCGUACAGUGCGUCGAAGCACGCCAUGCAGGCGUUCAGCGACUCGCUUCGGGCGGAGGUGGCCGCGCAUGACUUAUCCGUGACUACAGUCAGUCCCGGUUACGUUAGGACGAAGCUGUCAGAAAACGCGCUGGCCGGAAACGGAAGCGCCUACGGGCGUACCGACGAAGCGACCGCCUCCGGGUACAGUCCAGAAUACGUGGCCGCCCGCAUAGUGCGGGCCGUCGUGCGAAACGAGAAAGAGGCGGUAAUUUGCCCCCUCUUGCCGAGAAUCGUCAUAUUUGCGAGGAAGCUGCUGCCGUUUUUGUAUUUCUACGUAAUGCAGCGAAGGGCGAGGGCAUCGUCCUUAAAAGCGCUUGCAGGCAAUACAUCGCAAUAAAAUAUUGAUGUUAUGGGUAGUUUUAGUCGUUAAACCUUC